GACUUGUCGCGCAGGGUGUGCGCGGCCGCGGGUUGCCAGGAGACGGUCGAUGUGUGUGUGCGCGCGCUUGCGCGGGCCCAGGUUGGCCUGAGGUCGACAGGCUGACGGGGAGGUGGGGGAAGGGAUGGCUACCCCGCCCGGCAGUGGGUGCCGGGUAAUGGCGCGCAUGUGCAGUGUGUGAAGCGUCCGGUAAUGGCGGACAGAGCGAGAGCAGAAUGGCUGCUACUGAGACUGGAUUGAAGCCGCCGCCGCCAUGUCUCCCGCACACAAGCGGUCUGUGAUAACGUGGGCGGCGGGGCUAGGCUUCGCUUUGCUGUUUUCCUUCUACAUUUUGGGCUGGUACUUGCUGGGCCUGCUGGCGGUGGUUUCCGCUUGGGUUUAUUACUCUUCGCUGGAGGGAGUAGGCCCCAGGCCCGGGCUCCGAGAUUUACUCGACCGCACCGUCGCGUUUCUCCUCGGGACGCGUUGGGCCGAAGUGCUGCACAACAGGUUGAACGGAGGAGGCGGCCAUUGGAAAGGGAGAGGUCGGAGUGUCAGAGGCAGGCCCCAGGCCGGUCCUCGGAAUCCCGGCCGGGCCCCGGGCAAUAGCUGCAAGUGGGAGCUGGUGAAUUGUGAGCAACGCAACCCGCUGGCGGAGGCUUAUGCUGAUGAGCGGAGCCCCGCCGACCUCAUGAUGGGCAGCUACUUGUCGAACGAAAACUCGGCACAAGCCUCUUUUGGCAACAGAGAGAUAAGGAACCGCUACAGUCGGCCGAAUCCUAUGCAGACCCCGACCAGGAGGCUGUCCUUUGGGGAGCAUCAGGCCAUGAUGAAUAAAUUUACAGUGACCCCUCGGCGACGGUAUCCAAUCCACCAGCCCCAAUAUUCAGUACCUGGAACUCUACCGACUGUCCGGUGGGAUGGCUAUCAGAAGAAAAAUGUUUUAUCUUCCAGGAACUCACCCAUGGUACAGAGUCCAGUGACUGUAAAAAUUGCACGACCUGAUGCAAACAUGAUGCGUUCAUCUCUAUUGGACUAUAUGAUGUCCCCUGCUGUAUCUCCUCUAACUGACCCAUGCUCGAAAGCAACAGUGCUUAGUGCGCUCAAAGAAAGUCGGAAGAGAGCAGUUGAAGAUGAUGCAGAAAGAACUUUGAUAUCGGAACGAGAGAACAAGCGCAGACGCCAUGACAGCAGUGGCAGUGGUCACUCUGCAUUUGAGCCCCUGUUGGCCAAUGGAGCUCCAGCUUCUUUGAUUCCAAAACCUGGAACCCUGAAGAGGAGCACUAAUUCCCAGUGUUCGGAUGACCCCAUCUCCAAAAGAUCGCGAACAUCCUCCAUUAGCUCACUGAGCAGCACAUGUGUGGGUGGGAAGCAUUCUUCCCCUCGCAAUCCCAUUUUCAGUUCUUACAGUUCCACUCGAGGCCAUGUUCAGGGUGCUAAGAAUUAUGUCUGUGUACGGAAUGCAUCUCCACUCUCCAGCCCUGCAUCUUCACGUUCUCAAACUCCUGAGAGACCAGGGAAAAAAAAGAGAGAAGAAGUAGUACAAAGGUCAGAUACUUCUACUCCUGUUAAGGUGGACAGGACAGAAAAAGACCAAACUGUGGAAGAAGAAUCUGUGUGUCUGUUGUCAAAAUCAUCACCGUCAACAGUAGACUGUUCUCCCUCAGAGGGAGAUGGGAAACGGAAACGCAAGAUUCCUCUCCUAUCAAAACGUAAAGGAGAUCAACUAACUCUGCAUCCUCCGCUAGAGCUUGGCUAUACCAUCACAGCCGAUGAUGUGGAUUCUGAAAAGAAGGCAGGUCUUGACAGAAUUAAGAAAGCAUUGCAGGAAAAGGAAGAGCCUGCAAAGUCACCAACCCCGGUGACGACUACAACAGUACCCUCGCUGUCAGUGACAUUUACUGCCCCAACAGGAGAAAUUUCUGCUGAACCAACAGCCAGCUCCACACCCAUUUCUGCUGUUGUCUCCAGUCCUCUGCUGGUCAGUUUGAAGAAGAUGCAGAACUGCUCAAACGCAGUUAGUAAUUCAGAUUCUGUAGAUGGAGUAACUUCAAGCAACACGGUUAAAGCCUUAGAGUCUUCCGCUAUCGCAUUCAAGAAUGAUGUAUUGCCUCCUCCUACAACUCUUACUACUAGUAUGGCAAUGACAACUGACAUUGCAGGGUUUAAGCCAAUUGAUGUUUUGAACUUUUCAUGUUCCUCCAUCACCCAGCCACUUAUAACUCCAAUCAAUAAACCUGCUACCAAAGCCAUCACUACCACCACCAACUCAUGCCAGGUUUCUGCUCUUGUAAGUCCACAAGAAAAUAAAGUUAGCAAAGAGCCUGAAAUGAGUACCGUUGCAUGUACAGGGAGUUCUGCACCUCCAAGCACAAGUUUUAGCCUGCCUAGCACAGUGACUGCAAAGCCAGCAGUCACUAGUGUCACAGCUCCUUCAUCUGCCAGUACAGCUGGGUUUAAGCCAGUCUUUGGUCUGCCAGUGGCACAGCAGACCAAUAUCGUCUCAACAGCGUCGAGUUUGACAAUGCCAGUUACUACACCUGUGACUUUGGCAUCAAUAACAUCAAGCUGUGCUACCUCAACUAUUUCAUUCAAACCAGUGUUUGGGAACUCUUCGACACCUGCAACUUCAACUACCACAUCUACACCAUUCACAUUUGGUCAGUCAACUCAAGCUGCUAUUAAUAACGAAACUGCUGUUACCACAACUUGUCCAAAAUCUAUUUCUUCUCUAUUCCCAUUUACAGCCUCCAAUUCACUAGCAGGUUCAAAUGUUGAUUCGGAAACAAAGGGCUCAAAAGCCACAUUUAGUUUUGGUUUAAGUGUUGCUGUUACUUCAAAACCCAAUACUACAACUACUGCAAUUAACAACGUUUCAUCACCGCAACUGUUUCAGUUUGGUUCAAACCCUUCAACCACCACAGCAGCACCGAGUGAUGUAUUCCAGUUUGGGAAGGGCUCUGCAGAUACGUCUGCAACAUCAGCUAGCCCACGAGCUUCUGUCUUUGGACAAUCAACAGUGGUCACAAGCCAGGUGUCAACAAGUAUUGCACCCACUUCAAAUUUAUUUGGGGGUUUUGGCCCUUCAGUGUCAACACCUGCUACCACUUCAAGUGGGCAGCUUGCUCUUGCGUUUGGAAACUCCGCAAAAACCUCCCUAUUUGGUAAUGCCACAAGCGCACCACCUUUCGGUGGUCCGACAGCCCAACUUAACUUUGGAGGCACAGGCAGUCAGUCAACGUUUGGAACAAAUGCUGCAGCAACUCAGAAAGUCCCAAGUAAAACUCCUGCCUUUGGCAAUGCUGUUACUCCCUUCAGUUUUGGAGCUUCUGCAGUCAAGUCAGCCUUUCCAAGUACCACUUCGCAGUCUACAUUUGGAACUCCCAGCCAGUCAGUGUUCGGGAGUGCUACAGCCCAGACUGGAUUUGGAUCAGUUUCUACACAGCCAUUUGGCAGCACCUCCGCAGCUUUCUCAUUUGGUACAACCACCACUUCCACUGCUGCUCCAAUGUUCAAUGCUACGAAGAGUUUGAGUGGUGGUACAACUGGGUCGAUCUUUGGCUCUUCACAGAUGGUUGGCUUUGGUUCAUCGAACCAGGCAGCUGUAACAACUAGCGGUUUCACUCUUGCUGCGUCAAAUCCAAAUAUAGCUGCAGCUGGCUUCUUUGGUUCAGGUCAGAGUGGAUUUUGUUCUUCAAACCCUUCCGUCCCAUUUGCCACUUCCACUUCGACGGCGUCAUCUCAAAAUAUGUUUGGUUCAGCAUUGACUAACCAGGCCCAGCAGAACCAGAGCACUCCACAGUUCAACUUUGGAGCCACAAACACAGUUGAGAACAAACCUGUAUUUGGAGGGUUCAACUUUGGAACUACCACUUUGAACUUUGGGGCUGGGACAGCUGCAUCUGGAUUUGGACAAAGUACUCCGAGUGGCAACUUUUCUUUUGGGCCCACUGGUGCUCCAGCAACAACCUUUGGGAGUCCAGGAGCAGGUGCAGCAGCACCAUCAGCAUUUGCAGGAACGCCCACCUUUUCUAUCGGAGCUGGAUCUCGACCUACUGGAACCAGACAGAGAUUACAGGCGAGACGUCAGCACGUACGGAAGCGAUAGACAUUGGGAAUUUGAAUGGCGCAUAUGAACAUUGUGUUGACUACUCUUGGAAACCAUUACCACUUUUUACUUUUGUACCCUAAACAACGCCGGUCGUGGAUGUGCAGGCAACUGACCUCGAAUGCUGAGAAUAUAUACUUGAGAAAAUUAGUUUAAAUUUAGUUUUUCUUUUCCAUCUCUGGGCUUGAACUGUUAACAAAUGGCUUGUGGCUGCUGAAAAAUAUUUCUCAACAACAGUGCAGGAAACCUUGUUGGACUGCAGUGUGAAGUCAUCAUCGUCUUAAGUUUGUACAUCCUUAUUAAACUGACCACUGCAGAGUGGUGAUCUUAGUUUGGUUCAGGGUACAGCAGUAAUGGGUGACUCAGUAAACAACAGACAUAGCUUUACUUGAAAUGUUCUACUUUAAUGGUUGCUGUAAAAUGCAAUUUGCAGGCCUUUCUGGACUGACCCUUUUUGUUUUGUACAAAUUGCUGCACUUGAAAACAUUUUUUUAAAAUUACAUUUCUUAAGGGCACAAUUCCCAGUAAUAUCACCACUAUCUGUGGUGCUUUCUGUCUAAACUUGAACUGGAGGCUAUUGUUAAAUCUUUUUCUUUUGUCUUCCUUCUCAUUUCCUUGAAAUUUUGUUAAUUUUGGUUUACACCUGAGAAGAAUUCUAAACCUGACUGAAACUUUGGAAAAGAAAUUGUUGCGCCUGUUGAGUCACUUCUCCAAUAUUUUGCUUUGUUGCCUGACUGUCCUUUAAUUUUCCUCCUGCGAGUAGCUUCUUUUUUAAAUCUGUUACUUAGUUACGUAAAAUAAACCAAUCCAAAUUUCUCUUCCUUCCUAUGCUUCUCCCAGUCCCCCUCUCUUUCCCCUCUCCAAGUGUCAGAAUUUUUUUAUAUACAGUAAUGUUAUCAGUGUUUGCUUGUAUAUCUCACUUUGUUGCUCAGUGAAUCGAGUUUGGAGGAAAAAUUUCAGUGUAUGUGUGGCGGCAUGUUAGUAAUGCCGGACCUGGCUGGUUCAUUGGAUAUAUGUGAAUCUGACUCUUGCUAAUCUGAUGCGAUAGUGUUUUGCUACUAUAACUGCGUGACACAUUAAGCGGUGUUCUAUGGAAAAAUGGCAGUCAUGGCUAGUUUUGGAGGAGGUUCUGAUUACACAGUAUAGGAUUCUCAAUGACAGAUUUUUAAAAUCUGGUGCUAUAAUGUUAAGAAACACAAAUUAUUCAAGCUUAUACCAAAACUUUGGCUCACAAUGUUCAGAAUUGUACAUGUAUGCAUAUAUACCGUGUAUAUUUUAACCAAAACUAGGUACUUGCAUCUUAUUUUGGGUGCACCUUGCAAAUGUGCCUGUUUUAAUUUUCUUCAUUAAAAACACACUGAUUUUUCAAAAGUUUUUUUUUUAGCAAGUAAAGUGGUUCAUCAAAAGUUUUGAAUAAUCUUGACUUUAAUCUCUCUGCAGAUUUUAUUAAAGGAGUAGCUAUACUGGGUAUAUAGUCAUGUUGCGUAGUGCUUUUUUUUAUAACUGGUGGGAUACAGAUCACAUAUUAUGCAAACCUCAUGCAUCCUGUUGUCACAAAUCUGGUAUGAGCGGAGUCUUGAAGUUGGCCAUCAGCAGUCCCCUGGUAGUGAUGUUGUUCUUUCUGGCAGGUUUUGAGUUUUGAUCAAAUUUCAAUUUGGAUAUUAUUGGCUUAACACUUUUAGUAAAAUUGCGUGACACACAUUGAACUGGGAUUCUCAGGAACCAAAAUAGUGGGGAUGACAUGACAACACCAGUUUUCUGGCCUCUUAGACUAGAUGUGGGCCAAUUUUAAAAUCUCAGGGUGCACUAGCAUUCAAAUGAUACUGCUGUCUUUGCCCAGUAGUCUGUACAGGCGUGCCUUUUGGAAUACAUGAUGAAUCUGUAGUGUGCGUUACCGUGGUAAGACCCGACCGAUCCUCUGAGCUUGUGGAUAAAAAUUAGGUAAAGUGUUGGUGGCAAACAAGAGGAGGCAGCAACCCACAUAUCUGAAUAUUUUUUACAUGGAGAAACAACAAUUCUUAUGUUCUUCGUGAAAUCACUUGUCAAUUUUCAAAACCUUUUUCACAAACACUUUCCUCCUCCUUGUGCCAGAAGUGGAUUUUUCAAAUCAUCCUUUGUGUUUCUUUUACCCCGGGAGAGAAUGCUGCUCUGACCCUUGUUUCCCACAUUUCCACAGACCCACAUCCCAAGGUGUUUUUUCACGUUGCCGGCUCCAUUCAAUUAGCUAUUUCCUUAAUGUUUCACACGUAAUAUGUGAGCCAAAAUUUAAAAGGUCUUGCAUUGGCUAACAUGGUGAGAAAUUGCCUUUCCAUUCAAACUACAAAAUAUCAUGCUCAUUUGGAAAUGAGCUACCUCCCCAUAACUAUGGCUGAAAUUUGACUGGCAUAGAGAAGUGUAAAUAACUUAAAAUCAAGAGUAGAAAUUAAAAUCAAGAGUGCUUUUAAGCAGAAAGACAAAAGUUUAAGUAAUAGAUGGGGUGGGGCAUGCAGUAUAUACUUUUAAAAAAAAACCUGAGAAUGACCUCUUUUGCACCAUCCAAUCACUGAUUACAUGCAUUGCUGUGUUAAAAGACACUGCAAUCAAACAAUUUAUGAACAAUUUUCCAGAGAAUAUUUGUACUGUAUCUAUUGGAAAUUUUUAAGACAAUUCUGGCUGGUCCAAGUGGCUAGACAGAUUGAAGGUUCCUCCUCUUCCCAUUAAACGACUGCCAUUUUGUGACGUCUGAGUAUGAAUGUGUGCGGGUGAUUGGCAACGUCUAAAUUUAGAUAAAAUUUUUAAAAAAACAAUAAAUUUUAUUUUUAUAUUUAAGUAAAACUUUACGUUCCUUCAAGCUUGGUUCAUUGAACUUAUUGCUACACUGGUUAAAUAGUAUACUUCUGGUAAACAAUUGUAUGUACAAACUGGUUUUUAAAAAUGGAAUAUGAAGUUGGUGUGAGUAAGUUUGGAAGAUCUAAUGGUGAGUGAAAAAACAGUUGGGAUGCUAUGAUUCUUGCUGAAUGUUACACAUAGGUUGGUAUACUGAUGCCUGUAUUUGGGCCAAAAUCAUACUGGAUAAAAUUUGGGUGUCAUUUAAAGGUUUUGUUUUUAAACAUUUCUUUCAAUCCCUCAGUUAAUCAAGGUUCACUCUGAGUUGGCACCAAGCAAUGGAGUCAAAAGGUAGACCCGAUUCAUUUCUUGUUCCGUGCUGUUAGUAGAACACAUCUGGGGUAGCUACAAGGACUGUGCAUGUCACUUCCUCUCUCUCCUUCUCCCACAUCUCAUGGAAUGGAGAAAUACUUGCCAUUGUUGCUGUUUCUCCCAGUUUUGUUCACUGGAAAGUGGCUUUUUCUGCAGAUAACAGAAAUCUUUUCUAUUCUGAUCUUUUCUGCAGUACUUUAGCCAAGAAGCAGUAACUACUGAGGUUUAUUAAAAAUGCAGUUGAAGAAGCAUUUUUAAAAAGACACGUUUGAUUUAUUGAUUAUUAACGGGAUGAUUGGACGUGAAAGCUUAGCAUGUUGUUCGUAUCAACAGCUAGUUUUGAAUAUUUAUCAAUUGGCUAGAAUGUUAAGACUGUGAUUAUUUAAUAUGCAGUAAAGUGUUGCAUGAUUGAGCAUCAAAAUUAGGUUUGAAACAAACAUCCAUUCUGAACAGAUUGAGAUCGCUCAACCUGCAGGGGGAAAAAAAAAUUAGAGUUGAAGAGUUUUCUUGACAAUGGAAGCAUAUUUUAAGUAAUUUGCUCCAUUGUGUACACCACAGUCCUCCUUCCGUUGAGCACAUUACCCUAGUGAUGUGAUGUUACUGUAAACGCAUAUAUCUCACUCCCUCCUUCCCAUUGGCAUGAUUGACCUCACCUCAGUAGGAGUACAAACUCCUGAGGGACCUUUCCGAAACACAAUUGACAUUGAGACCAACUAUCAUUGCCCAGCUACUAUCAAAUUGGAGAUCAGUUUACUUAGGUGAUCCAUCUAACCUGCAGAGUUUAGAUCAUAUGGCAGUACACCUUGCAGUGUUAAUUGGAAUUGAGGUAAGUUCCAACUUGGAACCAGUAAAACUUAAAUUGUUCUAUGCACAAAUUUAUAGUUUGUUGAGAGCUGAACCAUUCAAAGCAGGGAGGUCUCAGUAAUUCUGUGGCUUGCACAGGAAAAUAUCACUUGUAAAUAAGUUUUUGUGUGGGUACUGAAAAUUAUCGUUGUUGGGGAUGAUGUGGAGGUGUUGCACCUCCCGGUGUUGUCAUCAGAGUGUCUACACACUUCAUGAAACAAGGUUUGGUUCAACUGUGAUCAGGUUGAAAAGCUCACCCUGAAGUAUUGUGGUAUUGCAUCUAACUGCUGUCAGGAGAAAGAGGUUGGAGGAGGAAGCAAAUGGUUAAGUUGUGAUAAGUUUGAUUGCUGUAUUGUUAACCAAGUGGUUGAGUCCUGAUUCAAAUUUAUGCCUCUUGUCCCGUUGCCCAUGUUGACUUUAACGCUACCUAGAAAUCCUAUCAAUUUCCUGUUUGUAAAAGCAUUCAUUGUGUCACAGUAUGUGAACAUGUAAUCUAGCAAAUGGUGGUUGUGCUGCCCCUCCCCUCUGCUUGCACCUAGGCUUUUCAUUUUUGGCAUCUUUGAAAUUAGGAAUCUUAUUAAUAUGCAUAAUAGAUUAAGUGCAAGACACAUUGAACUGACAACUUUUUGUUUCAGUGGUUAUAAGCAAGUUAUGUUUGAAAACUCAAGACAAUGAUGAGGCUGUACAUGCUUAAAAGUGGAGACAUUUUAUAUUUUUGGAAUAUUUUCUGAAUUUAAUUUUUCUCCCUUUUUUAAUUCAUGCACAAGUCAUAAUCUUUCAGAAAGCAAAAUAGUCUGAACGACUGAUUCAUGUAUUAUAGUGCUGUAUUUUAAAUUAUUUCUUUGCCAUUCGAGGCAAUCACAUGUCACAACAAGGUACUGGCACUGUUGCACGAUUUGUAACACACUAUGCCCAGCGGUUGAGUGAAUUUGUGCUGUUGACCUUCACUAUUAUUGAAGCAUCAAAUUAUUUUAAUGUCUUCAAGAAUUUGAUCAAUGCCAUACAUUUUUACUGAGGGAUUACUGCACACAUUUACUAAAGUUACAGACGCUUAUUUGCUUGACUUUUUAAAAACUUUCUCACAAUUUUUACAGUAAUAUUUCACCAAUUUUGUUACCUUUCCUCAAUUCUUACAGUUCAUCUUUGACUGUUCUUAUGUGGAUUAAAACACCCUCCUUAUUCUAUACUUACCUAGUAUUCAGCCUAGGAAUGUAAAUUCCCAAACUUAAAGCCCGCAGGACCUAAUGACAAGCAAGUAACAUUGCAAACAGAGCUGUUGCAAGGUUUGGGGGUGGUAACGAGCUCAAUGUUCAAUACUGAAAACUAGUUCGUAUUUAAAAUGAAUUUAUUUCAUACACUAUUCCAGUAACUGCUGAAUCAUAAAUAUUGGUCACCAUCAUUUAUAUCAGUAUGAAAGCAAAUUACUGCAGAUGUUCUAAACCUGAAGCAAAAACAAACACAUUGGAAACUAUCAGGAUAUCUGUAGCAUUAGAGAAAGUUGAUAUUUCGGGUGCUCAGUGACCCAGGAUUCUGAUGAAAGGUCAGGGACCUGAAAUGUUAAUUGUGAUUCCACAGCUGUUGCCAGACUUGCUAAGUACUUUAUUCAUUUUCUGAUCUUAUUUCUUACAGCCUAACUGCAAACCAUAAAAGCUUAAGAGUCCAUAAAUUAAGUUAGACUUACUUUCUGAUUAAUGCAUGUGAGUUGCUCGCUAACAAGUCUUUGGUUUUCCUGGUUACAGUGUAGUCACCAAUAGGACAAGAAUUAAGAACAGUCUUUUGGAAACUUCCAUGGCCCAGAAAAUUCAAACCAGUGAAUCAGGAGCUAAAAUGUAAAAUGUGCUAAUUUAUGCGGAUUGGUCUGGACUUUGCUAUGUCGGGUGGAGUCCAGUUAGCAGGCAUUGUAUGCUCCAUCUCUAGCAAAUGAAAACACUGUCUGAAUUUCUCAGCUCAUUUUGCAAGGCACUAAACGUCCUUCACUUAAACACGUUUAGGCACACAAAUCUUUCUUUGUCAGUUCUGCAUCUAAUUAAGCCUCACCUUUCCCAGAACCAGGAUCCAUAUCACAGGUAACGAACCAUCCAAUAGUCCACGCUGAUCUUCCACACACAAUGAAAAUUUGCUAUGAAUUACAUCUCCAAGCUUGUUAGAUUUGUUACAAUGCACUUCAGCUGUACUGAUGAAUAUUAACUUUGUCUGCUUUAAAAUGACUGAGAAAAUCUGAAAUUUGAUGCUUUGGUUAUUUCAGAAUAUAGAAAUACCAUUUUGGAAAAAAGCUUAAUGAGCAAUCACUAAAAUGUGCUCUAUUUUUUAAGCUAUUCUCAACAGAAAUUCCCAUCUUUUGCUUCCCAAUCUGUACUUAGUAAUUAAACCUUAGAGGUGGCACCAGUUUGUGCAUCGUCAUUGGACCCGUUAACACCGAUCUGCAUUUUGGGGAGUGGGUAAAGCAAGACAGCCAGGAUCAUUGUUUUGCUGCUCAUUAUAGCCUGACAUGAUCUCAAACUUCAGCUAAUCUUGUCAGAAAGUGCAUGUGUGUCGAUGUCAGUUGGGAUAGGGCAUGUAGUGGAAUGCAUCCGGUUGACUUGCUGUUUAAGCUUGCCCUUAUGGAAUAAGCACAGGAUUGCAUCCUCACUUGAGAGAAAAAGUUCCUUGUAUUGAUGUUGCUGCACCACAUGUGAUGCAGUAUGACAAUUUGGUGGCUUCUGAUUGGGCAUUUUCCUGUCUGGUCCUCGUUGGACUGAUGAGGAAUGAGGGUUUUUCAUUUUAACCCAAUGGCAGGGAGGAUUGAGGCUGAGUUGAUUCUUGUCAUAGCUCAACUGGGAGAAGCGGUGUUGGACUUCUGCUGGAGUAUGAGGAAGCAAACAGUAUUAUUAUGGAAAUGGGUAUGUAGCUUUCAAUAUUUGUAUUCAGUUUUGGUUCUUUUCGAUGUUCAUGUCUUGAGACAUUCUUGAUCACACGCUUUGUUCAGAUCUGGCUGGUGCAUGAAAUGGCAAGCAAUGCCAUUAGGAGCGUUGCAUGUUCAAUAAGAAGGGACAAGUGGACUGACCAAAUUGCAAGACCACAACGGCAGUGGCAAUUGUCAUCUUUUUUGUGAUAAUUAUUCUGAUUGUUCCUCCUCACAAUUAUUGUUUUUUAAAAAAUUACCUGGGAUAAUGUAUUUUUUUUUAAAAGCAUCAGAGUCUUUUUUUGGGGGGGUAAGUUGGUUUGUACACAACUUAGGAGUUACAGGUAAAUUCUUUUUCGGAGGUAGUACAUGAAAAAUGAUCAAGCCAGCAUUUUGAAAUAUUCCCCGAGCCCCCAUGUCUGAGCCCAGUAUUUGUUACAUAUUAUGAACCAAUCCUGCCUUAAAUAUUAGCCAGUGCAUAUUUUGCACAAACUAAUAUAACCAUCUUGAUGUGGUGCGAUUGUAACCAGCUUUAUUAAUUGCUUUAUUUGAAAUGACUAAAACUGCCUUUGUCUUCAAAGCACACUUCAUAAAAUAAAAGCACUUCGGCGCAAGUGCUAUGUUUUAUUGAGAGAGAAAAUCUGCAUGUUAACUAAUCGCCUGAGUCCUGAACCAUCCCACUAGCCAAGAAUAUGUGAUAAAAAUAUCGAAUUAAACUUCCAUUGGGAAGAGGGAGUACUAAAGUAUCAGUGAGUUAGUUGAAUUGCAGCAUUUUGCUGCUUUACACCACAUGUACCCUUUGAGAUUUGCGCUGUUGAAUACUGUACCAUGGGAAUGGUAGUUUGCAACAUGCAUAUCCAUCCAAACUCUAGUUGUUGGUUUGAUGAGCUGAGGUUUACUUAAUUUUGUAAUUUUCUAUUGCAAAGAUCCAUUUAUGUCUAAACUUUGAUACUAUGGAACAUUUGCAAGUGUUUCAUUAAAUGCUUAAGAUUCAUCAAUUCCCUCUAUUGUAGUAACCUACGAGGUUUGUUUCUAGAUAUAGGAAAUGUCUUGUGCUCAAACAUACAAUUUUGACCCAGAAGUGGCAGUUACAGAGUAUAUACCUGUGUACCUCUACUGAAUAUAUGUAGCAAGAAAUUAUAUUGAUCCCAACGGUAUGUAUGGUUUCCCCUGUGACUCUGAAUGGUAAGAAAAAUGAAUGACGAGUGCUGAUGAGUACAUUGUACAACGGAUGGAUGUGGAGAUUUGGUAGUAUGCUUUUUUAAAAAAGAAGUUGUAGACUUCUAUCAAUGCUGUCUAGCUUGGUAGAGCUAGUGAGUGAAUGUGGAGAGGUAAAGCUGGCUGUGAAUGUGCAGAGAUCUGAUUUUUUUGCUUAUGUCAUUAAAUGGAAAUGGUUUUAAAUAAAAAAAAGCUGUGAUUAUAA